AUGGAAGAGAGUAUAAUAAUUAAAUUCUACCAGCACAUCCUUGCUUUGGCUUUUGCUGUGAAGGAGAUCAAUGAGGACUCCCAGAUCUUACCCAAUGUCACUCUUGGGUUCCACAUCUAUGACAGUUACUACAACCCAAGGAUGACCUAUCGCACCACUUUGGACCUGCUUUUCAAAUCCCAGGAAUUUGUCCCUAACUACAAAUGUGAUAUCCAGAAGAAUCUCAUGGCUAUCAUUGGGGGACUGGAUUUUGUCACAUCGUUUUAUGUAGCUGAAAUUACAGGAUUUUCCAAGAUUCCACAACUGACAUACGGCUCAUUAGCCCAAGAGGAAUUUCAGACCAGUAAGCUCUCUUCACUUUAUUUCAUGGUUCCCAAAGAGGAUCAUCAAUACAUUGGGAUUAUCCAAUUGCUUCGUCAUUUCAGGUGGACAUGGAUUGGCAUAUUUUCUGUUGAUAACAACAAUGGAGACAAAUUCUUACAGAAAAUUGAGCCCUUACUUUCUGAGAAUGGAAUAUGCUCAUCGUUUAUAGAAAGGCUUGAUCAAAAAAUCCACUUGGAAGGUUUCCUAGAAUUUUAUCAAAAAUUCUCAAUAAUUUCUAUUAAUAUGUUCUAUAGCAAAUCCAAUGUAUUCUUGGCCUAUGGAGAAUCCUGGACAAUUAUGUGGCUAAGAUUUGCAACAUUUCUGGUAGACCCUGAAAACAAGAAAAGUGAAUUAUUAAGAAAGGUGUGGAUCAUGACUGCAAAGAUUGAUUUUGUACUGUCAGGUGUUCAAAUCAGUUCGGAUCUCAAGAUGUACCAUGGGGCUAUUUCCUUCACUGUUCAUUCCAGAACAGUUGUAGGUUUCAGGGAAUUUCUUCAGGCCAUAAAUCCUGUUUCAGACUACAGAGAUGGGUUUCGACAAGAUGUUUGGGAACAGUCCUUUGAUUGUUCAUUUCCAAAGCCAGAAUUACAAGGAAUGCAUAGUAAGAAAUGCACUGAGGAGAUGAAGUUGGAGGAUCUUCCUGCACCUGUGUUUGAAAUGGAAAUGACAGCCCAAAGCUACAGUGUCUACAAUGCUGUUUAUGCUGUGGCUCAUGCUUUGCAGUCUCUACACAUAUUGAUGUUCAAUAGGAAGAAAACUAUGAUGGGUAAAAACCCCGAUCUUCUACAGCUGCAGCCUUGGCAGCUCCAUUCAUUUCUUCAAGGGAUUUCUUUUAACAAUUCAGCUGGGGAGAGAGUGUUCCUGAAUGACAAAGGGGAAGCAACAGGUGGAUUCGACAUCACCAACUUGAUCACAUUUCCUAAUAGAUCCUUUCAGAGAGUUAGAGUUGGAAAGAUGGAUCUACAGGCUCCAAAAGGAAAGGAAUUAUGGAUUGAUGAAGAUAUGAUUGCAUGGAAUACAGCUUUUAAACAAAUUCCUCCACUUUCUCGUUGCAAUGACCCUUGUUUCCCUGGAUGCUGGAAGAAAAGGAUUGAGGGGGAUCAGUUCUGCUGCUAUGACUGUGUUCCAUGCCUAGAAGGGAAGAUUUCAAAUCAAAAUGAUAUGGAAGACUGUUUUGAAUGUUCAGAAGAUCAUUAUCCAAAUAAAGAAAAGAAUGGAUGUACCUUGAAACUGCUAAUUUUUCUAACUUUUGAAGAAACCUUAGGAAUUGGCUUAGCCUCAGCAGCUCUUGGUUUCUUUUUGUUGACAUCUUGGGUUCUUGGAAUAUUUAUUAAGCACAGGGACACUCCUAUUGUCAUAGCCAACAACCGGUCCCUCACCUACACCCUCCUUCUCUCUCUUCUGCUAUGCUUUCUCUCUUCUUUGUUGUUCCUCAGCCAACCUGGAAAAUUGACCUGCCUUCUCCGACAAUCAAUGUUUGGCAUCACUUUCUCUGUAGCCAUUUCUAGUGUACUGGCCAAAACCAUCACUGUGGUUGUUGCCUUCAUGGCCACUAAACCAGGAUCUCAGAUAAGGAAAUGGGUGGGGAAAAGAUUGGCUUUUUCUAUUGUAGUUUCCUGUUCCCUCUUUCAAGUAUGUAUUUAUAUUCUUUGGUUGUCAACAUCUCCACCAUUCCCUGAAUUGGACAUGCACUCAGAAUUCCAAGAAAUGAUUUUACAAUGCAAUGAGGGGUCACCUUUCUUCUUCUACUGUGUCUUAGGCUACAUGGGUAUUUUGGCUGUUGCCAGCUUUAUUGUGGCUUUUCUUGCCCGAAAAUUACCUGACAGCUUUAACGAAGCCAAGUUCAUCACCUUCAGCAUGUUGGCCUUUUGCAGUGUGUGGAUCUCUUUCUUUCCAGCCUAUCUGAGCACAAAAGGAAAAGCCAUGGUAGCUGUGGAGGUCUUCUCCAUCUUGGCCUCUAGUGCUGCUUUAUUGGGAUGCAUAUUUUUGCCAAAAUGCCACAUCAUUGUUUUCCGGCCUGACCUCAACCAGAGGGAGAAACUCACAAAGAGACAUUAG